ACGUCACUUACGUCAUGACGUUUAGCCCAGCUGGCUUUCCCUUGUAAAGGUUUGAAGAAAAAAAGAAAAAAAAACAGCUGGCUCUCCCGGCAUGGAUUCAACAGUUAAUUUACGUGUGUUUUUGUCAGUUGAUGUUUGUCGCAAGAAAUGGAAGAGCCUCGGGAGCCUCAGGGACACAUAUGAGAGAAAAGAGUAAGUGAUCUCAGCCAUGGUUGAUGAUUGAAGAAGCAAUUUUGUUGUUGUCUAGUGAAAAUGGGCGGGCUCGCUACACGCACGAUGAUGCAAAUUUUACAUUAUGGUCACAAAAUGGUCACGCGUCGAAACUCGAGCGAUGGUGCAACAGAUUCUCAUUUGUCGCGUUCAUCGUGUUUGGUCUGAACACAGCUUAAGAGUCAAGUUGACUAACUUUAAAAAAAUGUUUAAAGACACAGCACAAUUUUUCAAUAUCAUCUCAAAGUUUCACAACACAGUCGUUCUGUAUUAUCAGCAGUGAAAUUAGUUGUGCGGUCUUUCCUUCUUUGCAGGGAUGGCUUUCCUUCGUCGUGAUGUGCUGCUGUUCUUAAGUGCAGUCAGCUUUGUUUCAGGCUUGCAGACAGCAGCAUCCCCUGAUUCUCCGUUGCCUUUCUUCAGUGUGUGGAAUGCCCCUAGUGCCAACUGCCUCUCUAAAUAUGGUGUGGAUCUCGACUUGGGAACAUUUAGCAUCGUACAGAACCAAAAUCAAAUCUUUAUGGGUGAAAAAAUAACCAUCUUUUAUGAAAGUAGGCUUGGUCUGUAUCCCAGGUACUCUAGACAAGGAGUGGCUAUUAAUGGUGGGGUGCCACAGAACGCCAGUCUUGUCAAUCACCUCAGAGUUGCCUCUGAUGAUAUCAACACAGAUAUCCCUGACAGAGAUUUCAAUGGCCUUGCUGUGGUGGACUGGGAGAGCUGGAGACCUGUGUGGGAGAGAAACUGGGACACUAAGCAGCUGUACCAGGAGGGAUCAAGGGCACUAGUGCAGUCCAAGCACCCAGACUGGAGUCCUGCACAAGUAGAAGCUGCAGCCCGGGCAGAGUUUGAAGAAGCAGGGAGAGAAUUCAUGGAGCAAACUCUGAAACUGGGGCAGAAGGAAAGACCAAAUGGGUUAUGGGGUUACUAUGGUUUUCCUGACUGCUACAACUACUACCACGAAAACAAAUAUACAGGAGAGUGUCCACCUAGAGCGCUUCAGAGGAACAAUGAACUGUUCUGGCUGUGGAAUGCCUCCUCGGCUCUGUAUCCUAGUAUCUACCUUAGCACCACAAUGCGUGACCUUGGCAAAGACGUGCUCCUGUUCACUCAAAAUCGCAUCCUGGAGGCCAUGAGAGUAGGAGCUCAGGCGACUCCAUCAGCACCACCUGUGUUCCCAUACUCUCGUUUCGUCUACACCUACACUCUAGAUUUCCUCUCUCAGGAGCACCUCGUCUACACCAUUGGAGAGAGUGCCGCUUUAGGAUCUGCAGGGAUAGUGCUCUGGGGCGACGGCAUGUACGCAGAGUCUAAGGCUUCUUGUGAUUCUGUCAAGUCUUUCAUCGACCAGACUCUGGGUCCUUACCUGGUGAAUGUAACAUCAGCGGCUGCUGUUUGCAGCCAGACCAUGUGUUCCUCAAAGGGCAGAUGUGAGAGGAGGAACCCGACAUCAGCGACAUACCUCCACCUUGACCCUGCUGUGUGGACGGUGGAGACUGAGAAGAAACCAGUAGGGGGACCACAUUACAGGGUGCUCGGGGAAAUGAGCACACAGGAGUUAGCACUCCUGAAUUCUAAUUUUCAGUGCAAGUGUUACCCUGGUUGGAGUGGAGAGAGCUGCUCCAAGCAGAAUAAGCGUUAAAGAUUUUUCUUUUAGGAGAAAAUCUUAUGACACUAAU